AUGGCGGUCCUCGAUUGGGUAUUCGGGAAAAGCUUGACACCACAAGAGCGUCUCAAAAGAAACCAAAGGGCACUAGAGAGGACACAACGCGAAUUGGAAAGGGAACGGCGCAAGCUAGAAGUACAAGAAAAGAAGCUCGUCCUAGAUAUAAGAAAGUCCGCUAAAGAUGGACAAGUUGCGGCGGCCAAAAUUCAAGCGAAGGACCUUGUGCGUACCAAAAAACACAUCUCUAAAUUCAAUAACAUGAAGACUCAACUUCAAGCAAUCGCACUCAGAAUACAGGCUGUUAGGAGUAGCGAUCAAAUGGCGACGUCAAUGCGAGAAGCGACUGGACUUCUGGCGUCGAUGAACAGAUCCAUGAAUCUCCCCCAGUUGCAGCGCAUUUCAGCGGAGUUCGAGAAGCAAAGUGACCUCAUGGAUCAGCGUCAAGAGUUCAUGGACGAUGCCGUGGACGAUGCAAUGGGCGACGAACUUGAGGAAGACGAAGAAGUGGAUGAAAUAGUCAAUAAGGUUCUCGAUGAAAUUGGUGUAGAUUUGAACGCCAAACUAAAGGAUACCCCUAAGGAAACACUGGACAGUGGCGAGGUACAAAAUACGGAGAAAAUCGCAGAAUCAUUGGGAAGUGGUGGUGGUGCAACUCUUAGCGCUGAUGAUGAACUACAGGCCAGACUAAAUAGUCUCAAAAGAUGA